AUGGGCUUGUCACCAGAGCAGGUCGCGCACCUGAACCGACAAGCAAGGCGUCGGGCUGAAAGAGCAGCGGAGGAGAUGUCGUUUAAUAAGGUCAGCUCAGAAGAUUAUCUCAAACGACUUAGAGCGAGAAGACGUCCAGGGAGACCAUUCGAAAUCGAAGAUAUCCCCGCUGCGGUAGAGAUUGAAGACGAGACGGAUAUUCCGCCACUCAAGGCCAGCCACUCUCCCAAUCCUAGGCGAACUCCCCAUCCUCCACGAUCAACAGCGACCCCGAAAGGAGCUCGAGGACCCAGUGCUCCUAGAACUCCAUCGACAUCGAAAGUCAAGGAAACUCCGAGCAGCAAGUCAACAGCAAGAAUAUCCACAAAGACCAGUGUCUCAUUCCGAGGCUGGUCUCGAGAACGCUCGAAAAGUCAACAUGACUUGUUGCAAAAUAUCCAGAGGCCUUCGACCACGACGUUGGAUUCUGUGGGCAUAAAAUCAACUGGAAUAUCGGCUACCUCACCGUCUAGGUCAACUACGAACGUUUCUAAGCCGAACAAGUCCAUCCGCAGAGUGGCAUCUGUAUCUGCAAUACCCCCAAAGUCGGACCCUAGUGAAAAGGAAAACACCAAACCAGACUAUAAACCAAAACAUAGUCGCAGCCAGUCAAGCCCGACAGCAAUACCUCCGUCAGAUGCCCCUAUGCCUCGGGGAACUCUCACAAAAAGGAGCUCUAUACGUGCGCUGAAGGAUAAGAUUCGGAGAGUGGCGAGCGCUUUUGAACUACGCUCUACUGAAGACGAUUCGGAACCCAGCAACGGCAUUACCUUGCAACACAACAAGUCUACUAGAAGUCUGUUGCGGUAUUCAGCUACACGCAUUCGCCGGCGCCGCUUAGACACUGUCAACGAAGAAGCAUGA